GCCCCGUGCCCCUCUCUAUCAACAAUAAACCCAAGGGUACCCGGAAAGAAAAGAAAAACAGUGGUCCUCGAGGCUGGCAGCCGUGGACGGAAACGCGUAGCUGUCUGACACUGACAGGCGGGAAAACCAAGAAGAAGUUGCCGCGCAACCUCCUUCCUCAUCGGCGCCGUGGCGAUCGGCGAGCCAAGUUGUGGAGCACUCGAGCUGCUUGUUCGUGGGGCUGCUGACUCGUGCGUGAGGCCGUGACCCGUCCCGCUCGCGAGUAAAAGCAGCGUCCCCAUCUGGAGCAAAUGCUGAUGCGGUCUUCCCUUCCUCCCUCCAAGACUUCUUGCUCGCAUCGGCAUCGCAGUCGUCCUCCGGCCACCGCGUCGUCGUGCCCGGCGCACCUUCUUAUUAACCUCCCCAGCCAGCCAGCCACGUCCUCGAUCGCUUCGCCGAUCUCUCGUCACGCAUUAGGGUACACGUACACCAUCAUCUUCUACAGUUCGACCUUCCUCUCAGUUGCUCUACUAUUCGUCUCGUCACCGUCAGUCGUCACAGAGUAGCGCGCAGGCGCAGCUUCUUUAUUCUCAGUCCCCGCUUCGCUUGCCUGCUGCUUCGUUCUCUCCUUUGCGCGGUUACCCAGAUCGCAGAGAUUGCAACUGCAAUUGAUUGAUGGAGCGCCCGCGCCGGCGGCCGGAUCCGGCGGCGAUCGACCUCAUCUGGGUGUCAUGCCGCGGCGUCAGGUCGUCGCUCCCGUUCCACACGCCCUGCCUCUACGCGUCCAUCUUCGUCGCCCCGUCGUCCGCAAAGGGCGUCCACGGCGCCCGCCGGCCACACCGCGUCAAGACGCCCACGGACCGCGCCGGCGGUGGGAACCCCGAGUGGGACGCUCCCCUGCGGCUCUACCUCCCCGACGCCUCGCCAUCGCCACCGCCGGCGGAGGCGGGAAAGAGCGGCAACAAGGAUACCGGCGACGACGACGGCGACGACGUCCUUCUGCUGCGGUUCGAGCUCAAGGCGGAGGUAGCCGUCCUCGGGGACAAGCUCGCCGCGUCCGCCUCGGUGCCGGUCCGCGACCUCGUCGCCGACGGGCAGACACGCCGGGUUUCGUACCAGCUGGCCGGCCCCGACGGCAGGCAGCCCAACGGCGUCAUCUCCUUCUCCUACGCCUUCCACGACAGGGACAGGAACGGAGGGGGAGGCGACGGCGAGCUCGCCGUCACGCCGAUCUCCCCCGCGUCGUCGUCGUCCACCUCCACCAGUCCCGUCGCGCACCCACUAGUGCCCACGACCGCGGCGCCGCGGCUGUACCCGGCGAUAGAGUGGCCACUGGCAGAUCAAAUACCAUUGAUUUACCCACCGCCGGUGACAGCAGAAUCCGCGGCCACGCUCGCCGGCUCGCUGUACUACCCUCCUCCACCGCCGGCGACUCCAGCGGAGCCGGUUGCGGUCUACCCGCCGCCGAUGGCAGGGACGACGUCGCCCGCCUGCAGCGUGUACCCGCCGGUUGUGGACGCGGUGCCGGCCAGCGGUAUGUACCCGACGGUGGACCUUGCUCCGGUGAGCUGCUACCCGCCGGCACUGUACGGCGUGGGAUGCGGGUACGCGGCGGCGCCGGGAUGGGACGAUCGGUGCCUGUACGGCUGAAGCCAUUGUUGUUACGACGCCACGGGCUUCCUAGUUUGGUUGACCAUUUCUUGGUGCUGCCCUGCCCUGCCCUCCCCGUCUCCGCGUUUUACAUGGUACGCGGAGCCGGCCGGUGCGCGGCGCGUGUAGUUGUCGUGCACUGCAUGUACAGUUCCUGAGCCUUGCCGGCGCAAGUAGAUGCGCUCGAUAGUUCGAUGGUAUAUUCUUAAUACUGUCCAACUUCGGCAAUGUGAUACAUAUAUAUAUAUCAUUGUUGAGUGUAUGCACCUAUAAAUUAGCUUGUUCCGAGACAGUAACCGAAUAAGAAAGACAAACAAUUUGUACCUA